ACGGAGCGUGACGCGGUGGGAGGGUGGGAUAAAAGAGCCGGCGCGGCGAGGGUAGGAGUGGUUGUCAGUGGCGGAGACGCAGUAGCCAGGACAGCGCGUGUGAUAACUGGUGCAGUAGCCAAGCAGCUUGAAGGAUCUGCUAUUAUGGAGUUCCCAGACUUGGGCAAGCAUUGUUCAGAAAAAACUUGCAAACAGCUGGAUUUCCUUCCUUUAAAAUGUGAUGCAUGUGAGGAAGUUUUCUGUAAAGAUCACAUCACCUAUGACAAACACAAAUGCACUUCUGCAUACAAGAAGGAUGUUCAGGUUCCAGUAUGUCCUUUAUGUAACACUCCCAUCCCUGUGAGAAGAGGGGAGAUGCCAGACAUUGUUGUUGGAGCACACAUGGACAAGGACUGCAAAUAUGAUCCCACUCAGAGGGUUUUCACCAAUAAGUGUUCAAAAGAAGGCUGCAAAAGGAAAGAGAUGAUAAAGCUCAUUUGUAACCACUGCCAUGGAAACUUCUGUAUAAAACAUCGGCAUCCUCAGGAUCAUGACUGCAAAGCGGGAGGUCACUCCCUCUCUAAAGCUGGAUAUGCAGCUAUAAUGAGAGCAUCUGAACCCAGCUUCAGGCCAACAGGAUCAAACAGAAUGUCGUCGGGCAGGCAUCCUCGGCAUAACAGAUGCUGAGGAGCUGGGCCAGUCACAUUGUUCCAGCCAUUAGAUGUUUAAAUUAAUGGAAUUGUAUUGUCUAAAGCAUGUAUAUUUUUCUAUAGUGCAAAUAAAAUAGUUCUCUCAA